GGUGGCCCGAUUGAGGAUGGAGUGUGCAUUUGACGCACAGAAUCUGAUCUCCAUUUCUUUGAGGAAAAUCCAAAGCUCCAGGACGCAGAGAGGAGGCAUCAAGCUCCACAAGAACUUACUGGUAACGUACGUACUGAGAAACGCCAGGCAGUUUUACAUGAGCAAAAACUUGUCGCAGAUGCAGAGGACGAAUCCGUACGAGGAUGUAGCUGUUGUCCAUGAAAGGCAAGAAUAUCUUGAACUGACGGGGAGCUUCACGGAGUUGGCUGAUGACUUCUACUGCAACUUUACUGGGGGUGAGUCGGACACUUGGCACUGCGGAGCGCACCAGCCCAACGGUCAGCCUGCAGAGGUGGCGCACCAAGGCGCAUCUGCCUGCGCAAUGGAUUCACCAAGUGACUCUGACCUCAUGGUUUCGGACGCCUGUUGGAGCUGUGCGGACAAAUCCACCUGGGAGUUAUCUAUCCCGAACACACAAGCCAACCAAAAGACUGUCCUGGACUUGGACACCCAUGUGGUGACUACUGUCACGAAUGGAUACUUCCACACAGACUGUUGCGCGCAGCCAAAACAGCCGCAGGGCGCGCAGUGCUACACUAAGAAGCGAAAGAUAGACAUAAGUUAUCAUAUUGUUGAUCCAGAGUUUUAUUUGCCAGACUUUGCGCCAGUACCAUGUAAAAGAAUGAGGAAUGAUGAUGAUUCACAUUCAGACUCUGACCAGUUGGACAGCACAAACAUCUCCAACCUGAUCUCGGUGCUGGGCUCAGGUGGACUAUCUGAGUUUGUGAGUUGGCAGCAGACGGACCUUGAGCAAAUAUUCGCCACUCAAACAAUUUGUUUAAAACACACGCUGUUAACGGGCAGCGGCUGGACCAGAGCAAUCGAAGCAUUUUGAUAUGUAUGACUUAUUUUCCCUUUGUAUCGUUUUAUUUUGUUGCUUUUAAAUAAAUCAUGACACGACUGCAAUUCUCUGACUUUUUAUACAAAAUUAGCGCUGAAAUGAUAUAGAAUGGCCACAUGCAUUUUUAUUACUUUUGCACACUGACAGUUAUCGUGCCAGUUGAUAUCAUUUGUUCACGGUAUGAAUUAAUUGUACCAUUUAUUUAAAUAUUAUUUUGUGGUGAUAUUUUAUUUUCGUUUUGCGGGGAAACCGGAGUCAUUGAUUUGUAUUUCCUGGAGAAAUAAGUGAACGCUGUUUCUCCGGAAAGAUGUUGGACGACUACCACCAUGUGGCCACAGAAGAUCUGUGCAGCCCGGUGCAACAGCUCAACGAGAAAUAUACUUAUUAUGUAAAUAUAUUAUUUAUAUCAGGGCCUGCUUUG